GUUAUAACUUUGCAGAUACAAAGCUAAGUCGACUGACAGCUGAGAAGUGAAAAGCACGAAAAGUGCAAAUUUAAGAUAUAAAGAUGACAGCACAGUAAGAUAAAAAGUGUGAAGAUGGGAACGUCCGUUGGUAUGGAAGGGUGGGAAGAUCUACGGAAACAAGCACGGCAGCUUGAAAAUGAGAUUGACCUCAAACUCGUUUCCUUCAGCAAGCUUGGGACAGGAGUUGGGGGCCAUGGUUUCAAGUCUGAAAGCAUGGAUACUGUACCACUUCUCAGUGGGGAGCAUGUUUUCGAGACGAUGGCCCUUGAGAUAGAGCAACUAUUAAAUAAGUUAUCUUCACUGAAUGAGAGGAUGGCAGAGGCUCGUGCCACGCAAACCCAGGCUGGACCUGCUGUGCAGCAUACACUUCAGCGACAUAGAGAGAUCCUUCAGGACUACACGCAAGAAUUCCGUAAAACACAGGACAAUUACAGAGCUAGGAGAGAGAGAGAAGACCUGUUGCGAAGUGUACGGAAAGAUAUAGAUUCUUUCAAAUCUUCAUCUGGUGGCUUGAAUAGACGAAUGGAUAUGUACCUGAAGGAAAGUCAACAUGUUCGAAACUCUGAUCGUCUAAUAGACGAGCAGAUUUCAAUUGCUUUGGACACGAGGGAACACUUAGUUUCUCAGAGACAUGCUUUUAAGAAGUUUCAGACAAGGAUGCACGAUUUAUCCAACCGCUUCCCAAUGAUCAGCAGCCUCGUGCAGAGGAUCAACUUCAGGAAACGUAGAGAUUCUAUCAUUUUGGGUGUUGUCAUUAGUGUGUGCGUUAUUCUGUUACUAAUGUACGCAUUUCGCUAGCAGUGCAAAAAUAUUUGUCAAAAAACUGGGUCCACAAUAGUUGAAUUGUUCUCCAAGAAGAACAUUCAGAUAUUAAGUUUUAAACUGUUAUGCAUCAUUCUAAAAGGCUAAGUUGUGAAAUUCACCAUGUUGAAACUGAUGAUGACAGUAGUUGGCUUUAAUUUUUUCUCUCUUCUUGUGUUUAGUUUCUUUUACAACAGAUAUUGCUAAAAGUAAGAACUAUUGUCAUGGUUGUGUAUUUUAAAAUGUAAAGAUUUAAUUCUUGUUUUUGUGUACAUUCAUUUAAAUUUUGUUGAUUUUUUAAAAUUUUUUUUAGUUAUUCUUGGCUGGAUUAAUUUCAUUAUUUAAUUUAUAUUCUGAACUGUAGUUACUUCGUAAAUUAGCAUUAGUUUAAAUUCUUCAUUAAGUGAAUUUGAAGGAUUGUGUUUUGUAGUAAACCAUAGAACUGAAAGUGUUUCAAAAGUUUUUGUAUCAUGGCCAUUGAGUUGAGAUCAUCUAUCGCAAACUUAGUUGCCCUCUUUCUUGCUUUCAUGACAGCUUAUGGUAAGAGUGUGAUUUCUGUAAGAUAUCUAGAACAGUCCACAAGCAUGAAGAAUUACAUUUGGAUCUUAAAUCGUGGGGUUCAUGUAAUUAUUUUAUAAUACCUUGUAUGUUAUAAACCCUCAUACAGUCCUCUGUGUUCCAAUUAAAAAUUCUUUGCAGCAAAAGCAUCUGUGCCAUCAUUUUAGGAACAUAAGUCAAUUGACAUACCAACACAAAAAGUGCUCUUAAUGGAUGUGGCAGAUAUUACCCCAGGUGGUCAAUUUUUGUUCUUCUUGGGUAUCACUAGUGAAGCAUUAUAUUACGUGAAAUUUGUUACAUUCCUCUCUCUCUUCUGUAAUUAGUCUUCAUGUAAUGUUGUAGAGAUUUGAUGGCAUAACAUUUGUGUGGUUCACUCUUUCAGAUUUUCCAGUCUCAAAUCACAUUACAUACUGGAGUUGCAUAUUAUCUUAGAUAGCAGUGAUCUAAUACCAAACCUGUUGUAAACAAACAGAUUUCAGUGUGGAUUGAUGGUCAAAAUUAAUGGUCAUGCAAUGUAAAAAUUGAUGUAUUUAACAUGUGUUGAUUUUUCUCCAUCAUAAAUGUUUAUGUGGUCCAUAAUUACUUGCUGCUAUUGUAAAUUUUUUUGUGUGUAUCAUUUUACAAGUUAUAAAAUAAUUUACUAUUAUUUACAUUUGUAUCAAGUAAAUGUGCUUUGAACUUUCUUUAUAGGUCAUAAAGUUUUUCACAUUUUCAGUUGAAAAUUUUGUCUAUGAAAUGCUUGCAAUUCAAAGACUAGAGCUCAUUGUAUAAGCAGAAUAAAAAGCAAAUAAUGGUUGCAUUCACAAUGUAUCAUGCCACUUAAUUUUUAAUACUCCUGAAGAAACGUGUAUUAUCAUUUCUCAAUUGUUUCAUAAAUACCGAGUCAUUACAAUUGAAGUUAUUCGCUGCUGUAUUGUAAAUAAAAUGCUGCUCAGCAGUUUGGUAUUUUGCAUAAAACAUAUACAAAAUUGUAACACCCUGGAAAUUUGUAUCUGGGACAGAAACUGUGAUGUGUGCACAUUUAGUUAUUUUGGUAAAUAUUGUAGGAAUGGUGGAUGUUAACAACUAAAGAUAACAUGUACUGUUAAUUGGUGUGUUAGAGAGAGAGAGAGAGAGAGAGAGAGAGAGAGAGAGAGAGAGAGAACUGCAAGAAUUUGCAGUUUACUUACAUAUGUAAUAAACUUUUUUCAUAUUAAAGGCUAUUUAUUUUGAUA